AUGUUCCUGGUGGCCGUUCAUCGCGUCCGCGCAGUCGCUCGCCAGGUUUCCGGAGACGGUCCCGCAGCCCACGUCGCGACGACAACUGGAGGGCACGACCUCGAUCACCCCCGCGCCGAGCAUUCUCACCGCGACGAGACGAGCCCAGACGGGAUGACUACAGGGCAAGGUCGCCGCCGCCGCGACGGGACCGUGAUCAGUACGACUCUUAUACCCGCUCCCCGCGACCACGCGACAGGUCUCCACCACCAAGAGAGCGCGAUGUAUCCCCAGCUAGGAGCCGGGGCAUACGCUCGCCCGUUCGUCCGAGCCGGUACGAAGAGCCGCGCUCCCGGCCCUCCCCGCAGAUACUCCCCGGCCCGCGACACUCGUGACACGCGCGAUUACCGACGCCGCUCACCCUCUCCAAGACGCGAGCGCCCGGACCCUUACACUGCAGAUACAUGGAGAAGUCGCAGGUCUCCUUCGCCAGCGCGGCCAGCAUAUGCUUCGAACGAUGCGUCGGGUAGGGACUCCGCAGCAACAUCCCGCCGCUCUUCCCCACCACCCAUCCAUCCUAGCCGGGCUGCCCUUGUAGAAGACCGACCAGUCAGAGAGCCCGCCUCAGCACCACGAUCGCCGUUCCGUGAGCGCCUCCCCGAUAGAGGACGGGACUACAGUCGCGAGCGGGAGCGGUCGCCUCCACGUCGUCGGGACAGUCCUCCGACGGGGCCGCGCGGAGAUAGAGACUUUGCGCCUCCUACUGGGCCAUCGUCAUCUUCGUACCGCAAUGGCGAUAGCAAUUUCGCCAGAGCUCCACCAACGGGGCCUUCCAGCCGGAGCUAUCCCUCCCCUGCGAUAUCCCCUCCAGUUGGACCUUCAAGCUUGACACCACAAGCUCCCUCCUUUCCCCGGGGCAAUAACCCUGUCCUAGCAGCGCCGACACGACCGCGUGGUGGUGGCCGCGGUGGCUUCGGAGGCUAUGAAGGACGAGGAGACUUUUCUGGCCCAUCCUCACGACGAGGAUCUUGGGGCGCAGGACCACGAGGAGGAGGCUACUACGGCGGUGCGCCAUCCGGUCCGCGUGGUUCCAGCAGUGGACCUAGUGGUGCAGCACCUUUUGCUCCCUCGUUCCGCGGAUCCAACAACUCUACUGCUACGACGUAUCCCCGUACGAUGCGCUUCCGAGACCAUCUCUCCGACCUCCCCAAGGAAAUUCCUGGUGGUCAGAGAGCGCCAGAGCUGUACGACAAGAGCAAGAUUCUGAAGCUUGAGGCCGAGGCGCAGAAGUUGAGAGAGAUGAUCGAUAAGAAGGAAGAUGCGAAGAGGCAGAAACUCAGGGAGUGGGACAGUCUUGAACGCGAGGCAGAUACGGCUCAGCUGAGGGUUGACCUUGCAGAGGGUUCACUACGAAGCAUAAACGGCGAGGCGGAUGUGAGCGAUGCUUUCUAG